AUGGGGAUGGAUCUAGGGAUUGAUAAACGUGCAGGGCUAGGAAGAGCGUCGACGCCUGCCCCCUCCGGCCCUCUCUCCAAGGGAGAUGAGAAGUGCGUCAAAGUUGGCUGGUCGACAGGAGAGAUGUUAGUCGUCUCGCGGGAUGCGAUGGGAAACCUUACGAGUCGAGUUUGCAGCGGUAACGUGCUGUUGCAGAGCCUGGGAAAUGCCAGAACGGAGGUUUGCAGGGUACAAAUGCGUCUUGCAGCGGGUAAAAGGCCCUUAAAUAUUGGAACUGUUCUAACUUUGGCUGCUACGGUAAAUCGGCUGAACGACAGCGGCAAGGCAGCCCGAGCGCACGUGGGCAUAGGCGAUGUGGUUCUCACCAUUGACGGCAUAAGUACAGAUGGGAUGACUCAUCUGGAAGCACAAAACAAGAUCAAGGCGUGUACAGGCAAUUUGAACAUGACUCUGCAAAGAGUGGCGACCGUACCAAAACCUGAUCCUGUUCACGUACAAAAGGGAGAACCUAAAGAAGUAGUUAAGCCUGUGCCCAUUGCCUCUCCUGCUGCACCCAAAGCCGCGUCCCCGGCGAGCGUGGCUUACAAUAAGACACCGAGGCCGUUCGGGGCGGUCGCUUCCACCAAAGUCACUUCCAUCCCGUCACCGUCCUCCGCCUUCACCCCGUCCCCCGCGGCCCCCGCGCCGGCCCUUAGCUCCACUUUUGUUUCACCUUUCUUACUUUUUUUUUUCCCCUCUUGUUUUCUUUUUCUCUCUUAUUCCUGUGUACGCUGGGAAAACUGUUCCUCUUGCUGUCCUCUUCUGUCCUCUCCAAGGAAAAACCCACCCAAACGUCCGCCGCGGAAGCACAUUGUGGAUACCUAUACAGAGUUUUAUCACACCCCUACUCACAGCGAUGCCAGCAAGAAGCGGCUGAUCGAAGACACUGAGGACUGGCACCCCCGGACAGGGACCACCCAGUCGCGCUCCUUCCGCAUCCUUGCCCAAAUCACCGGCACCGAUCAUAUGAAAGAACCAGAACCUGAAGCUGCAAAGAAGACUAACGAUUCCCUGGAGGCUACCCAGCCCGUUGCUUUUGCCGCCGCCUCGAUGAGGAACAUGCCCGCGAGCCAAGAAAACGCGGAUGCUAGACCUGCGCCGGCCAACACCGCAUCUGCUGCAGCCGUCAAGCCAGCCGGACCCCAGAGUGCUGCCAAGUACUCGGGCUGGCAGCCUUCGAACCGAGCAGCCCCUGCAAGCGGGUGGACAUCCAACAGCACCAAACCGCCGGCGGCCGCCGCCGCCGCCCCAAGCGACAAGCUCGCGACGGCACCUCCGCUCCCGGAGCCGGACACGUUGGUUCAGAGGGCAGAGCAUAUCCCGGCGGGAAAGCGCACCCCAAUGUGCGCCCACUGCAACCAAGUCAUUAGGGGACCCUUCUUGGUGGCUUUGGGGAAGUCGUGGCACCCAGAGGAGUUCAACUGUGCCCACUGCAAGACCUCCAUGGCCUACAUCGGGUUUGUGGAGGAGAAGGGAGCGCUGUACUGCGAGGGCUGCUACGAGAAGUUCUUCGCCCCCGAGUGCUCGCGGUGCCAGAGGAAGAUCCUUGGCGAAGUAAUAAAUGCUUUGAAACAAACUUGGCAUGUUUCCUGUUUCGUGUGUGUGGCCUGUCAUAAUCCAAUCCGCAAUAAUGUCUUCCACUUAGAAGAUGGUGAUCCCUACUGCGAGACGGAUUACUAUGCCCUCUUCGGUACCAUGUGCCACGGCUGUGAAUUCCCCAUUGAAGCUGGAGACCGGUUUCUUGAAGCCCUGGGCCACACUUGGCAUGACACUUGCUUCGUAUGCUCAGUGUGUUGUGACAGUUUGGAGGGUCAGACUUUCUUCUCCAAGAAGGACAAGCCACUGUGCAAGAAACAUGCUCACUCUGUCAACAUCUGAUGCUGGGAGCCCAUCUUGUUUAGCAAAUGUACUGAGUGGAAGGAAAGGUUAAAAUGUCCAUGCUCAAUAAUCGGUUAAAAGUAUUUAUAUAUGUUUUUCUAAAAAUGCAAGAGAAAUGUGGAAGCUUUAGGGGUUUUGUACACUGAUCUUUGGAGUGUUUAUCAGUUAGGGGUUUGCUUCACGAAAAGAUCCACACACCCAAGCCAAACUAUCAGAGUGCCUUUAUUUCUAUACCUGGCACGUGACUGUAUUGGUUUCAUGAUUUUAUGACCACAUUUAUAUCUGCUUCAGUAUUAGAAGGGAAACUUCUAUAAAAAUACAAGCCUGAUAUUGGAAAUCUUGGUUUUGCUGCUGCUCAAAAAAAAAAAAAAAAAAAAAAAAAGAAGGGGUUGACUUCAGCUCUCCGGAUCACUUUAUUGCGCUGAUGUUUUUUAAAGUGCGUCUAGAAGUACUGAAGCUAAACUCCAUUAUUCCAUGAAAAGAGGAGCUCAAAGGUGAGAUAAGAUUAGAUGGAGUGGAGUUCAGUGCCUGACAUUUUUGUCUGAUGCUCAUGUUCAUCAACCCUCCUGCACAACUAUACGUACCUGUGCCUUGGGCAGUUACAUCUCUGAUGGGACUGCGAAGGACUGAGAUUUUUACAAAGCUUUUCAGUGGAAGAGUGGCUACUCAA